AAAUAAUAUGAUAAAAUCAUUUCAAAACAAAAUAUUGAAUAGUGUUUACUAGUUUUAGAUUUUAAAAGUACUGAUAUUACUUUUAUGUGGUGCUCUGUUGCGUUUGUAAUUUGAGCGUUGCUAGGCGGUGCUUUUGUCCCGAUCGCCUCUCCCAAGCCUAAAUGGCGGCCGUCGAAGACGUUGCGGCCCCACAACCGCCUAACUUAAGCUACAGCGACAUAGCCAGGAAGCUACUCAACGAUCGCCUGCUGUUGACUGCCCUGGAACUCCAUUGUGAGUUAGUAGAGGCUGGCAAAGAGUUGCCCGGCCUCCGAGAGUUCUUCUCAAACCCUUCAAAUUUUGAGCACACCAUAACUCAAAACGACAACAUCAGUAUUACAUUGAGUAUGGCUCGGUCUUCAAGUCAGGCCACAUUAGACUCGUUAGAGAUGACGCGAUAUUCAGAGGAUGGCGACAAAAUGAUCAAUGAAAGAGUUGCUGUUCUUGAGUUUGAACUGCGAAAAGCCAAGGACACUAUUAAUGCGCUCAGAACUAACUUGACCGUUGCGGCUGUGGAAUCAGAUGAAUUUAAUAGGGACAAUGUUCAGAGUAAACGGUAUGAUGAUCGAAUCAAACCACACGAACAGAGAGUACUUAAUUUUUUAGUUAAUGAAUACCUGAUGCAACAUAAUUAUAAAUUAACUUCAAUUACAUUUGCAGAUGAAAAUGAAAACCAAGAUUUUGAAAUCUGGGAUGAUGUCGGUCUGAAUAUUUCAAGGCCGCCUCACUUGUUAUCUUUGUAUAGAGAUCGAGCUAAGAGUUACCUAAAAACAGACGAAUCCUGCCAGUGUGACAAAAUUGAAUGUGCGGACGUUUCGACUCAAACUGAAGAUAAUUGCAGUGACCUAGUAAAAAAAAUCUUGGAGCUAGAAGAGACUAAUGAAAACCUAAUUUCUCAACUACAAAUGCUCAAAAAUACUUCACAGAAAACUAAUAUUAUCAAUGAUACGCCAAAAGAAAAAUGGUUAAGGCCGUGCCAGAUGAAUGUUACACAUGAUUACGUUACCAUUAACUUACCACCUGUAUUUAAUGAUAUGUUGAUGGAGAAAUGUUGGCCGGAUCAACAGCUAACAUUAUUAAAUUUGGAUGUUGAGAUAAAUGUUAAUUUACAUGAUCAUGUAGAAUUAAAUUUAUAUCCAUUGCUCCGAGUACUUGAAAAUCAAAGAAUUCGUAACCAAAAUAUAGAUAAUUCCUCUGAAACUGAUAAACAAGAAGAUUUCGUUAUUUUAAGUGUAUUGUUGAUGCAUAUACAUCCGGAUGAAGAUGAGGUAGAAAAACUAUUGUGCUCAUUACUUAAUAUGAAAAAAAAACCUAGUAAAAAAGAAAGAUCUUUAAUUAUUGGAGGUUUAUCGUGGUUUUUAAAAUAUUCAAAUAAACGAUUUUUUGAAAAACUAUUACUACCACAGCUAUGGGUUUUGCUCAAUGAUAAAUAUGUUGAAAAAAGAUUAUUAGUUGCAGAAGGUUGUUCGUGUUUUACCACUCUUAUAAAUUGCGAGGCAAGGCAAUCUUUAUUGUCUGUUUUGCAACAAAUUUUAAUCGAAGAUGCUGAUGAUUCGGUUCGUGCCGCUACUAUUAAAAGUAUAGCAGUCAAUGCAGUUAACAUUUUUGAUACUGAUAAAUAUACUCAGGUCGAAGAACUUUUAUUUGUUGGCUUGAAAGAUGCGUGUAAACAUGUUUUUGAAGUCACUGUUGGAAUUUUGUUGCCCGUUUUAGCUAAGUGGGCAUUUGAAUCUGAACGAUUACAGUCUCAUUGUUUUACUCGUUUAAUUAAUUCUCUGAACACUCAAAUAGAGGCUCUUGAUUCUCAAAGGAAAAGCCAAAAAGUUGAACAAUUGGAAAACAACUGUUGUGCCAUGGUAAGUGCUGUACGGUCUAUUCUUCCAUACCUAGUAUUGUACGUAGCGUCUGCUCCCGAGUGUCUUGCGUUGAGAAACGAUAAUAUGCCAAGAGGAGAAUUACGAACUGGGUUUGCUGAUAUAUGCACUGGAUUAUGUAAUCCGACAAUAUUUUACAGCAAUGCAAAUUAUAAAAUCGGUGUUGUGAUGUGUACUUUUGACUUGGCAAUGGAAAGGGCAGAAAUAUCAUGUACAAGACUUGAUUGGCUUCUUGAUAAUUUUUUACCGAAUUUGAUAAAUUCAACUACUCUAGUGUCAGUCGGGAAUAAAAAACUUCUGCAAUCGCUUGUAAAUUUGUUUCAAUCGUUUUGUAGUGGAUUUGGAUCGAAAUUUACACUCAGCAGAGUAAAGCCACUGUUCUUAAAGAAAAUACAAGAAGUAGAAAAAUCAUUUGCUAAUGUUAGCAAUGCACUGCCAUCACUAUCAAUUAUUUGUAUAUACUUGUGUACGGUAUUAGCUCCAAUAGAGACUGAAGAAAACGAAUUAGAAGCAGCUCUUAAAAAAUAUAUUUGUACAUUACCUUUGUGUGGCGUACCUAUCGAUGUUUUGCAAUUUACUAUUAAUCAACUAGCACUCAAUCAUACCCGUUUACACAACAUAAUAUUGGCAUCGCUUUGGGAAGGCGUUAUUAGCCAAAAAGAAACUGUUCGUCUGACUGUUACCAAACUUUUUUUAUCUGUAAUGUUUCACUUGUCCGAUGUGAAUAUAAUUAAUCGAAUUGUGCCAGCCUUAAUAACGCUAUCAAACGAUGCAAAUAGUGAUGUAAAAAUAGCAUUGGUUCCAGUUAUUGGUGAAUUAAUGACGUCGACAAAUAAUAAAGAUACAAUAGAAAAAUGUCGUUUACAAAUGAAGAGUCUCAUGGAAGAUCGUUCUUUGACAGAUAACCCUGUAUUUGCAACUGAACUUAUAAACGCGUUUGGCAAAAUGGCUCCAAGAUUAGAACAAACGUACAGGGAAGAUGUAAUAAUGGUACAACUCAACAUGUAUUCCGGUGUAGCUGUGCGUACUACAGAUAUGUCCAGAAAAAUCGAACUGACUCGAGUAUUGUUAGACGCUUUUAGCACUGUCCUAUAUGAAUGUACAUUAUCACAAAGUGCAAUUACGUUAUCGCUGUUACCUAGUUUAAGAUGUUUAGAAGACCUUUGUAACAAAAUAAGUUUACCCCAAAAAGAGUUAUCUGUCAUGCUGAUAAAAGAAGCCGAAUCCAAACUACUGCCACAAGCAGAAAGUGGGAACAGUAGCAGUUUAACACACGAUUUAAAACCCAAAAUGGUGAAAAUGUUUCAAUCAUCUAAUAUCGCUAAACAAACCAUGUUCUGGAAAAAGAAUAACCAAUCUCAGUGAAUCAGCGUAAAAUUCGCAGCAACCAGAAAACGCGGUGACAAACUUAAAGAUUUAAAAUUUGAUAUUUUAAUUAUGUUUAUUAAUUUGUGAUUUUAGUAACACAAUGAUCUGCAAGAUAUAUUUGUUACAUUAUACAUUUAGAAAAUAAAUUUAAAUGAUAUAUUUUUUUUCGAUA